GAAAAAUUAGCUGCUGAUAAUGAGCAUUGGAAGGCUAUCAUCAGCAAAUCAUAUCUUGUUGGGCUGGGUAUUGAUUGGUCAAAGAUACGCAAUGCCAUGGAUAUGAAAGCCAUCUAUGGAGGAUUUGCAGCGGCUCUAAUACCUCAAAAGGUUUGGGUUAUGAAUGUAGUUCCUGUACAUGCUCCAAACACUCUUCCUAUCAUUUUCGAGCGCGGUCUGCUCGGCAUCUACCAUGAUUGGUGUGAACCAUUCAGCACUUAUCCGAGAUCUUAUGAUCUUUUGCACGCCGAUCACUUGUUUUCCCGCCUCAAGAACAGGUGCAAACAACCCAUCGCCAUUCUAGUUGAGAUGGAUAGAAUACUGAGGCCUGGAGGUUGGGUCAUCAUACGAGACAAAGCAGAGAUUUUGAAUCCCAUAGAGAAAAUAUUUAAAACAUUACACUAUAAUAUAACUCUGACAUUCACUCAGGACAGGGAAGGUAUUAUCUGCGUGCAGAAAACAAUCUGGAGACCGUUGGGAUGAAAUUUGUUUUGAAAAAUACUGUCUUG